UAAAUUCGGUCAAGGAAUCCGAUUUGGAAAAUUUAAACAAACCCAGCAUAGCAUACCAUCUACUACAUCAAAAAAAGAACCUUGCACAACUGUCUUAAAAAUCAAAAGAGCUUCCCUCUUAAAAAUCUAUUGUCCUAGUCGAAAGAUAUUCAAGCAAGAACACUCUUUGGUUAAAGAAGAUCUCGAAAACCACAGCUUUAGAUCGGCUUCUCACUUUUUAGCCAAAACACCCAAUACAACGUCUUCUCCUCAAUACUACGCUUCAUACAACGGUCGUUUAACACGAAGAUAGAAGAAGCAAAUACACUACCACCGAAAAACUUUCCGCACCUUUGGUCUACCACACGCUUUAUCUUUGGAAAGUCUGAAGUUUCUAGCGAACCAUAUUUUUAGUUCGAGAAAGAUAGAUCGAAAGCUAAAAUUCACCUCCUUAUUUCGAGAAGUCGCGCUCCUUAUCCACUUGGUCCGACUCUUCGAAAGUCACUUUAGACACAUUUCGCACCAAAGACAUACCACAGCAAAUUCAGUGGAAGGAAUAUCACUCGAUCAACAUGACUUCUACCAGUAGUAAGAGAGAUCCAACGACUCACAUGACGGAGGUCAAUUUCGGAACGCGGCCCGAGGCAAAGAUUCUUGACGUUUCGAAACUAAUACUCAGUGACACCUAUCCAGAAGCAGGGUCCACGGGCAAAUCGCCACGCUUAACAUUCGGCGUGGAAUUGGAGAUGGUUAUUUGUACUCUCGGGGAUACAUGCCUAAACCCAAUACCAGGAGAUCGCAGGAAGGUCUACGGCGUUGCUAGUGCCCUUAACUCACCACUAUUGGAGUAUGAUCCUGUAUCAGCACAAUUUGGCGAAGGCACCCCUACGAAAAUGCCACGUGAGGAGAUCUCAUGUAGAGAUAAGGGACGACUAUGUGUAUAUGAAGAUAUUGUUCACAGGCUAAGCUGUGCUGGGUUCCCUGCUGCACAUAUGGAAGCUCCGGAAUGUCGAGAGCGUGGAUAUACACCUUGGAUGGCCGACAAGUGGAUAGUUGGAACGGACUCUAGUAUAAACUGUCCAGAUGAAACAAUUUAUGACUAUCAUAAGAUCGAACUUAAAUCUCCCGUCUAUUAUUUCAGCAAAGGGGCUCUUGAAGCAGUUGAAACGGUAUGGGAGAUCAUCGAGUCCACUUAUAAAGUCGUCAUCAACGACUCGAUGGGACUACAUGUUCAUGUCGGCAACGGGGUUGAUGCUUUCGAUGUCCCAACGUUAAGAAACCUGUGGGCUAUUCUCUGGAGCACAGAGAAAUGGAUUGAGACAAUUCACCCUCCUCAUCGCAUAGACAAUGCAGCCUGCCUGAGCUUUCAUUACUGCUCCAAAUUAUGGUUCGAGAUCGGAUCACUAUCAUCUGACCCGGAGGACGAGGUACUAGACUGGAUCUUGAAAAGAGCACCUCCAAUGGUAGAGGCAUUCCUCGACACCAUGAAGAACGCCGACUGUGCCUACAACUUCACUAAGUUGCAAAAAAAAUACUAUGAAGGAAGUAUCAUGCGCACCAUCGAGUUUCGCCAGCAUGAAGCAACAACUGAUAAGGAGCGAGUAACACAAUGGAUUCGAACAUGUGUCGGACUAGUUCAAGCAUCUGCAGCUACAGACCCCGCCAAACUCGAUCCAUACCUAAGACGAUUGAUUCAGAGGAAGAGAGAAGAAGUUCAUGUGGGGGAUAUUUUGGAAAACCUUGGGCUUGAAAGUGCGGCGUACUACAGAGCUCAAAUACCAAGGGAAAAAGUGCCUGACGAAAGUGCCUUCAAGAAGUUGUUGAAGAAGACUAAAAGUUUUCCUCGAGGAUGACGGGUGUUUUUCUCGCACAGUAUGAGACGUAGCCUCCUAUCAUAUUUCAUAAUGAUCAGCUUGGACUCAGACAUACAAAAGCCAACAUUCGGAUCCCGUCAGAUGAGUAUCAAAAGUUUUCACGUUUUUUGUUUUGCUUUUCCUCUUUCAGAUUUUGUUAGGACAUCCAAACACGUAAAAGAGGGCGGCAUGGAAUGGGGAGGAAUGAUGGUGAAGC